GACAAAGAGGCCGAGAUGGUCAUGGCCUCCCUGAGGCAGAUCUUUCGAGAGGCCGAUGAGGAUGGCUCCGGGGACCUUGACCACCCUGAGCUACGAGCCGCCUUGGGCAAGUUCCGUGUGCGAGACAGAUUGAAGUUGCUGCAGAUCCCUUACCCGGAUCUCGAGAUGCUCUUCCUGCUUCUGGAUGAGGACAACAAGGGCACCAUCAAGUGUGACUACUUCUUUCGCGGUGUAGCGAAGCUUCGUGGCCUGGCGAAGGCCAAGGACUUGCAUCAGCUGUCAAUCGAUCUCAACCGGCGAAUGCUAUGGGUGGAUGAGUGUUCUGAGAAGAUUUCAGAAGCGAAUGACAUCUUGAUGGAUAUGGUGGAUCACCUCGACGAGAUGGACACGCACAUAGUCAAAGGAGAGUCCGAUGGCAAGGAUCCUGUCAUCGCUGCCAGGCGUGGCCGCGAGCCCGUGUCGAAAGGGCGGAUCCUUCGUGGUGUUUGGAAGGAUGGCCGGCCAAUGCGACAGGGCUCCAAGAAUCCCUGGAUUGAUUUCGAGGAGAUGCAGAAGGAUGCCAAGGAACUGCGCAAGAAGACCGCCUCGAAGAGGCGCGCAGAGGCGGAAGCAAGGAAAGCAGCGGAGGCGAAACCGAAGAAGAAACGGAGCGAAUGGGAUGACCAGCCCACGCCACCGCCUCUUCCAGCACACCUGCAGAUCCUCAAGGCAGACCGCGACAGGAGGAAGAAUGAGAGGGUCGUGGUGAAGCAAAAGAAAAAGAGGGCCUUUACCACGGG